AACUGUCGUACUCUCUCUCUCUCUCUCUCUCUCUCUCUCUCUCUCUCCUCAUCACUUCCUCCGCAAUUACUAGUACUGUAUUUCUCUGCUCAACAAUUCAACUGUAGUUGAUCUCUUGCGUUUCAUUUUCAACAAACGAACACUCCUACUGCUCGAAACUGACACUUUCCCCACAAUUUCGUACUUACGGACUGAUCUCCACAUAAAUACAUAAACCCAAAUCAAUACAUAAAGAUUCAAACCCAGCUGAUUUAAUUGAACCCCACCUACUAGUAUAAAGAAAUGUCGAUCAUCAUCGGCUAAUCUGCAAAGAAAUGUCGACCUUAGACAAUCCCAUCCCGGACCUAGAGUCCGGCCGCAUCGGCAGCAGCCGGCGCAAGCGUCGCCGCCGCCGCCGCCGGCGGUCUUCGGUGGCCGGGAGCACCGAGACCGCCACGACGGACGGCAGCCUCUGCUUCUCCGACGACUCGGACCGGGAACAGUCGUGGGUGGGUUCGGCCGAAUCGAGGUUUUCGGAGAUCGGGUCGGACUCGGAUGCGGGCGAUUUGGAGAGUGGGGAAUUGCGUUCGGGUCACGUGAAGGAGGAGAAGCAGAAGAAGAAGAGGAAGUGUAGGAUUUGUCACAUGAAGUUGGAGGGUGGUGGUGGUAGGAGUGGCGGUGGCGAUGGGGAAUCUGGUGGUGGUGGGGAGGGGAUUGAGCUGGGUUGUUCUUGUAAGGGCGAAUUGGGGGCUGCUCAUAAGCAAUGUGCCGAGACUUGGUUCAAGAUCAGGGGUAACACAACCUGCGAGAUCUGCGGAGCCACAGCAGUGAAUGUUGUUGGAGAGCAGACGAGCGAAGCGAACAGUGCAACUGCAAUUGCCGGCGCAGCUCCAGCAGCUCCUACAGUCGUUGCCGAGACCCGGAAUUUCUGGCACGGGCGUCGCGUUAUGAACACACUACUUGCUUGCAUGGUCUUUGCCUUUGUUAUCUCCUGGCUCUUUCACUUCAAUGUACUUUCCUGAAAACCCAAAACAUAAGUGCCCCGCGGUGGGCGUAUCUGUGUCUUAUGCCGUCUUAAUUAUAGAAGUAUGUGCCCACCAUAGCAGUCUCUAGAGUAGUAGUACAUGACCUUUAUUCUUGUGUUGUAUCGAGUGAGGCGUUGUAGUAGCCCCGUUGGGCCAUUGUUGUUGAUGAAAUGUCGUGCAAUUGUUGGCUUAUCUAUAGUGGGAAAUUGGACUGUUUUCGACUUUGUUAUGCUCCUUCCGGCAGGUUUCGGAAGGCGUCCAUCUUUUUCAAAGGGUCUCAGAAAUUGUGCAUUUUGGUUGUGUCGA